GCUCGGCGGCCACUUCCGGAUCCGGGUGCUAUUUUUCCCCAGAAAAUAACAGUUUAAGAACCAUUUACAAGCGUUCUCUAUCCACGAAGUCAUCCUUGAAUACAGCCAUUGUUAUCACAGUCUCCUUUUUACGAACAAGUGUGCCUCCCGUUUCUCUGCCCCUUUGAGACUACAAUAUCCAGAAGUCUCCGGGACACUCUUCCCCAGGCCCUCAGUCCGAAGGUUGCCUUGGAGACAGCGAGACGCCGAAAGCCAGAAAAAUGAGGCGGGGCCAGGUUGGAAGAAGGAUCCUGAUUGGCGGAGCGAUCACGUCACCAGCUUUGAAGGACAGGUCAGGGGUGCGCGUGCGUACUGCGUUGGCCCCACGCGCAUUCUCGGUUAGUGGAGGCCGGGGGUCCGCAAACCUCCGGCUACUGGGUGCGGUCGUAGGUCGCGUUGGGGCAUGGCCAAAUUUGCGCACGGGAGGCGCUCCGGGCUGCGUUCCCGGGGCCAGAACUGCGGGCUCCGUAGAAGUGCCCCGGGGAGGAACCUUGUGGAUGACAGAGAUCGUCAACCUGAUCUGCAACAAGGGGGAUCCUGCCUGGGUCCAAUCUGUUGUCAGCAGUGAGCAUUCGAUGUGGUUAGAAACUAAAGCUGGGCUUCAAUGUAUAAAGGAUCAGAAAGACCCAUGAUUCUACGUCUCCCAUCUCCCCAUUCAGUUGUUCCCCAGGUCAUUCUUCAGUUCCAUGGCCAAGUGUAUUUAUGUAAUGAGAAAUCCCAGAGAUGUUAUUACUUCCGGUUAUCAUUUCUGGAAAAUGGUAAAGAUUAUCAGAGAGCCAGAAUCAUUUGAAGAAUAUUCGGAACGGUUCCUUCAAGGAAAUGUGCUGUAUGGAUCGUGGUUUGACCAUGUUCACAACUGGCUGCAGAUGAAAGGAAAAGAGAAUUUCCUGGUGAUAUCGUAUGAGGAGCUGCAACAGGACAUACAAGCUAGUGUAGAGACGCUCAGCCACUUCUUGGGCAAGAAGCUGAGCCCAGAAGAACUGAAUGCAGUCCUCAAGAAUGCAUCCUUCAAGACCAUGAGAGAUAAUAAUAGCAAUUAUUCCCUAUCACCUGAUAUCUUUAUGGAUCAAAGCAAAGGUUUCAUGAGAAAAGGAAUCAUUGGGGACUGGAAAAGUCACUUUACAGUGGCCCAGAUUGAAGCCUUUGAUAAAAUAUACCAGGAGAAGAUGGCUGGGCUCGCUCAAGACCUAUUCCCAUGGGAAUAAUGGCCUUAUAUUCCUGGUUCAGAUAUAAAUGCUGAAUUUCCUGAUGUUCUUGUGUUCGAGCACGCUCAUAGGAAGCAAAUUUUAAUCCUACAAUUCAAUAUGUGGUUCAUUGAAAAUAACCAUGUUCUAAGAAUACUAUUUCAUAAUAGGUGGAAGUCAUGUAAUAUUUAAAUUUCAGUGCCAUAAAUGAAGUUUUAAUGGAACACACAUACAUGCACACACACACACAAAAGAAUCAUGUUCCUUAUUAACUGUAAGCCAUGCCAGCUUCAAAAAGUUAUAUAAUAUUUCAAACACACAGAAUAAGAAAGAAAACAAUAUUUUAAACCUCAUAUGAAUUCUAACCUGUUAAAAAAUAAAAGUGAAUACUUUCCCAUAUUGGUGAGUAUAUGAAAGUCCACCACAGAACAUUACAUGUAUUAAUAUACUUACCUCUUCUUCUGUAGCCAUUCCCCAAUCAUAUCUUCCCUCUGUAUCUUUGGCAUCUCAUAAUUAGUAACUACUCAGAGUUUAGUGUGUACGUUUCUGUAGGGGAUACCUUGUUCAGAUCACCACACCGACGCACUUAUGCUCCAGCCGCUGUGAGGGAGCCUGCUGAGGGCUUGCAGGUGCCCUCUUAUCUGCAACAUUGCUUUGAGCAAAACGAGAGACAUCUUUCCUGGAAGAUUAGGCUUCCCGAAAAACCAACGGCACCCAGCAAAUGACUUGCAGAGAUAAAUAUUAAAGACUAACACCUUGCGCUAGGAAAGGAGCAGAUUCGUGGUGUGCUUUGUUGUCAAGCUCUCUGGGGGAUGAGAACAAACCACAUCUGUGUUUGGCUUCUUCCCCAAGACCCACCACUCACCCCUGCCAUGUUGUGCUGGCCUCACUCCUUUUCAGAGCACACUCAUUCAUUGAAUCAUUUAUACAAAAGCACCCAUUUCAAGCUGUUUCUAAGAAACCCAACUCAAGAAACUUAACCCCAGAAGCCAUCCUAGGAUUAAAACUGUGAAGAUGGGAUUCUGGAAUUGAUCACUUACCAGCCAGACAACAAUGAGGACCCCAAUACUAGCAGAGGGGAACAUACAGACAGACCCUGGCAUAUUAUCCCAGGGCAAAUCCUAAGGGCUUUUUGUUUGUUUGUGUUUUUUGGCGCACCACGCGGCAUGCAGGAUCUUACUUCCCUGACCAGGGAUCGAACACGUGCCCCCUGCAGUGGAAGCGCGGACUCCUAACCACUGGACCGCCAGGGAAGUCCCCUGCUAAGGUUUUCACUACUGUGUUGGGAUACAGGUGGAAAGGGCUGAUCUGUCAUGUGCAGAAUCUCUGGAAUGUGAUUGUUACAGGGGGAACAGUAACUCUUAGGACUGUGGAAUUAGGUGCCUUUUGAAAAGCGCCACUAACGCAAAAAGCAGUGGAGACAGUGACCUCAGAUGGAUUCAUCAGGGUUGUAAAUGUCACCAAAAACCCGGCCUCUGUUCACUGCUGCCGAAUAGAAACACAGAGACAGAACCUGGAGGAGUAGAAAAGAGUAGCUUUAUUACUUUGCCAGGCAAAGGGGGCCACAGCAGGCUAAGGCCCUCAAAACUGUGCCUUGAUUCCUGGGCAAUAGGAAGGGGUCUUAUAAUUUCAGGGUGGAAAACAGGGCUGUAGAUAAGGAUCGGGGCUGAUGUAGUCUUCAUUCUUCUUUCUUCUGGAGACAUUGGGAUUAUUAGGGCUGGCGUCAGGUGGUUCCGGAACGGGUUCUGGUGGUCCUCAAGGUUAUCGUUCCAUGACGUUCUUUCUGGAAUGAAGAAUGCCCACAAAGGAAAGGAGUGCUAGGGAGUGUUGUCUUGGAGGAGUAAACAUCAGGUGCACAGUACAACUUUAGCUAGAGGGCAGUCACUAUCAGAGUGCAGCUAAGCAAGAAAGAGAAGGGAAAAAUAAAAAUCGUCUACAGGGGCUUCCCUGCCUGGACAUCGAGCCCUGGUCCGGGAAGAUCCCACACACCGUGGAGCAACUAAGCCCGUGUGCCACAACUACUGAAUCCUGCGUGCCUAGAGCCUGUGCUCCGCAGCAAGAUAAGCCACCGCAGUGAGAAGCCUGAGCGCCACAACCACUGAGCCUGCACUCUAGAGCCCACGAGCCACAACUACUGAGCCCGCGUGCCACAACUACUGAAACCUGCGCCCCUAGAGCCCAUGCUCUACAAUGAGGAGCCAACCGCAAUGAGAAGCCCGCACACCACAACGAAGAGCAGCCCCCCCACCCCGUUCCUACUCGCCGCAACUAGAGAAAGCCCGCGCGUAGCAACAAAGACCCAACACAGCCUGAAAUAAAUAAAUAAAUUUAUUAUUAAAAAAAAAAAA